ACGUGGGCGUCGCUCGCUGCUACGGGCGCGAAGAGCUGGGGUACCGCCGUCGCCGCCCAGUCCCGCGGCACCAGCGAAGCGCCCGCGCCCAGCACGCGGCAAGACGCGCAUCCCGCUUUGAUCGCCGCGCAGAACGUCCAGACAGCGCAAUGUUUCAUCAAGGGCGUCACUGAGAACAUCACCGAUGCGGCACUCCGGACAACUCUUACCGCACGCUUCGGGCCGGUCAAGGAGCUCGAGAUCGUCCGGAGCAAGGUGUGCGCGUUCCUCGAGUUCAACCAGCUCGAGGCCGCGAAGCGCGCGAUCGCCGCGUCGCUGCCCCUCCCUCAGGGCGGCGAGGGCGGUAUCCGCAUCGAGACGGACGGCGGCGCCGGCCAGGCGCGUGUGUACGUCGAGACCCGCAAGGAGCGCGGCGAGCGUCCCGGUCCCCGUGGAGGCGCGCCCAUCAACGGUGACCGUGGACGUGGCGGCUUCAGGGGACGCGGUGGGCCCGGUCGCGGUCGUGGUGGCCCGCCUCCGAAGCAAUGA